CGUGCCUCCGGUGCCUCUCCUAAUGGCUCUGCGGUGAGUCGGUCCGUCAGUCAGUCGGGCUGACAGGAUGAGUCUCCUCUCUUUGACUGUCGGCUACUGUAGGAACCGAGUCCGGACGCUGAGCCGCAACUAUUCCUCUUCAUCUACUUUUCGCUUCUUCGUGGUUCUCACGUCGAAGAAAUCACUCAUCCAAAGAAGAUGCGGCGGUUUACAUCAACACAUUUUCCAAGUUACUCGGUUACUUAGCUCAAGGAAACAGCCAAAAGAUGGAAAUAUAAAAGAAGAGUCUCGUGGAAGGGAAUGGCAGGACUCAAAUAACGGGAAGGACCAAAGACGAAAACGAUGGAAAAAAGGGGAAUCAUACUGGUGGUCACGCUUUCAGGAGGAAUUUCCCUUUGAUGAUAAAACGGUCCAGAACCUAGCAGCCGGUGCAGCAGGCAUGGCCUCAGCUUUCUUGUACUUUCACUUUAGAGAAACAGGAGUCCAGAUCUCCUGGAAGGAUUUUGUGCAUCACUACUUGAGUAGAGGCUUGGUGGGCCAUGUCGAGGUUGUCAACAAACAGUAUGUCAAAGUAUUUCCAGCCCCCGGCGUGAACACAUCACGAGUGAACUAUUUGUGGUUCAACAUUGGCAGCGCAGACUCAUUUGAGCAUAACCUGGAGCUAGCACAGCAGGAAAUAGGUCUGGACUCCACUCAGAAAGUACCUGUGCUCUACAGCAGUGAAAGUGAUGGGACUCUGUUUUUGAGUGUUCUCCCAAUCUUACUUGUGGUCGGAUUUUUACUUUUUGCAACACGGCAGGGGCCGAUGGCAGGAGGACUUGGUGGCUGGGGGAGAGGAGGCCUCUUUGGGAUAAGUGAAUCCAAAGCCAGGAUAAUUAAAAACAAUGUCAGUGUCCAUUUUAAAGAUGUUGAAGGGUGUGAGGAGGCCAAACAAGAUAUCUUGGAGUUUAUCAAUUUCCUGAAAAGCCCACGUCAGUAUCAUGACCUGGGUGCUAAGAUUCCUAAGGGUGCAGUGCUAUGGGGUCCAUCUGGAAAUGGGAAGACUUUGCUAGCUAAGGCCACUGCAGGAGAGGCCAACGUUCCUUUCAUCGCAGUCAACGGCUCGGAGUUCCAGGAAAUGUUUGUCGGUGUGGGUGCAGCAAGGAUAAGAGAUUUGUUUGCCACAGCUCGAAAAAAUGCUCCUUGCAUUCUUUUCAUUGAUGAGAUUGAUGCCAUCGGCAGAAAGCGGGGCAAAGAAAACUUUGGUGAUGAGGGCGAACAGGAGAACACCCUCAACCAGCUGCUUGUGGAAAUGGAUGGAUUCAACAGCAGCACUAACAUCGUGGUUUUAGCUGCCACAAAUCGAGCCGAUAUCCUGGAUCCAGCUCUGAUGAGGCCUGGACGCUUUGAUCGACAUGUAUACAUAGGUCCUCCAGAUAUGAAAGGCAGGGCAUCAAUCUUUAAGGUGCAUUUAAGACCUCUGAAGUUGGACUCCAGUGUAGAUGUAGAGACGCUGGCCAGGAAUCUUGCUGCUUUAACCCCAGAUUUUACUGGGGCUGACAUUGCAAAUGUGUGUAAUGAGGCAGCUCUAAUAGCUGCACGUCGUCUCAGCCAGUAUGUCAGUAGCAAACACUUUGAGUGGGCAGUUGAAAGGGUUGUUGGAGGUCUAGAGAAAAGAUCUCAGGUUCUGCAACUUCCAGAAAAAACUACUCUGGCAUAUCAUGAAGCUGGGCAUGCUGUCACUGGGUGGUUUCUUGAACAUGCAGACCCACUUUUUAAGGUGUCACUUGUUCCUAGAGGGACAGGUUUGGGCUAUGCACAGUAUCUACCUAAAGAGCAGUACCUAUUCACACAGGAGCAGCUGUUUGACAGAAUGUGCAUGAUGCUGGGUGGUCGAGUGGCUGAGCAGGUUUUCUUUCGUCAAGUCACCACCAGGGCACAAGAUGAUCUCAGGAAAGUCACACAGUCUGCCUAUGCACAGAUUGUACAGUUUGGAAUGAAUGGUGCGGUGGGUCAGGUUUCUUUUGACCUACCGCAAUGGGGCAGCCUUAUAACUGACAAACCUUUCAGUGAAUCUACAGCCCAGGUUAUAGACCAGGAAGUUCGCUCACUCAUAGAUGCUGCCUUCCAACGAACACUUGAGCUCAUACUUGACAAGAAGGAAAUGGUGGAGAAGGUGGCAAAGCAUCUUCUAGACCAAGAGAUUCUAGACAGGGCUCACAUGGUGGAACUGCUAGGACCUCGCCCCUUUCAAGAGAAGUCCUCAUAUCAAGAGGUUGUUGAUUGCUUGGAGAAAUCUAAAGAAGACACUUUUCUACCUGAAGGACUAACAGACUGGCAAAACAACAAAGGAGAUACAAAACACCUGCAGAAUCGGCAAAACACAUCAGCCCUUUACCUGUAGGUUGUCUUUAAGGUUGUCUCUCAUGUGCGGCACCAUCUGGUCUGGACUGCAGUUUGUCAGAGGUCUGUUAGUGGUUCAUGUGACUGACAACCUUAGGAUAAAAGAUGGUGAUGUGUUGCCCAAGGUUUUGUGCAAACUGCAAAUUUUUUCAUUGUAGUUUUUAUGUACAAAUGCACUAUUUUGCUGCAGUUGCCUUAUGUUUCCUUUUUCCACUCUGUGGAAGUCUCUAAGUGCAAUAAUACUAACAAAACAUACCAUGAAUAAUUAGAAGAGAAUUAUAUUAUGUUAUUAGAAGGGAAUAAGCCAUCAUGCUAUGUUCUUAUCAGCUGCAGGAAUCAUGUGUUAAGUUUUAUUUUGAGGUUUGGAUUUUCAUCCUUUUGCAGAUACAGUUUUCUAUUCUAUCCUAUUAUUUGCCACAUGUUUAAAGUUCAGAUCUAUUUGAUUGUUGAUUGUUUUAUAUUUCAAUCCUUUUGCAGAUGUUGUUUUCCUUGGAGUCUGCGUAUAUUUAUCAGUAAAGGUAAUUAGAAAUCAGUCAAUGUUUUCUAGCUUUCUCUCUGCGCAUACUAAUCAGUGUCUCCCAGUGUCUCAUAAUAAUCAGGGUAAACAUUUAUGUAGAUAUAAGAACUUCGGAUUAGCUCUGGGAAAGUGUAGCUCAGUAUGGGUCAUAGUGUUUGUCUUGUCUCUGUGUUACAAACUGUCCCUUAGAAUAUAUGAAAAUAUCGCCUGCAUAGUUCACUGGUCAAAGUAGUGAUUAAGAAAGAUUUCUGUCCUUUUAUUCUUUCAAACUGUGCUUUCAGCACAUUUAAUGAGGAUAAAAGAAAUUAGCAACAGCUUAAAGUAAUACGAACACUAAAGUAUUUGUUUGGUACUGUAAAAACAUGAACUUUGCUGUUAUUCAGGAAAUUACUCUGUCAGUUAUGUAUUUAUUUUAUUUUUUCCUACUUCCUGUCUACACUCUGUCAUCUACUGUUGCAUUUCUUAUGCCAGCUGCUCCUCUGCUGGGUAAAUAGCAUUUUUGUAACUAUUGUACUAUUAUAUACAAAUAUGUACACUAAUAUAUACCAAUCAUUACUUGAACUUGCAAUAUGAGUAAAGUGGGUACUUUCGCACUUUUAGCCAGGAUUCCCAUUAAUGGUAAGCCGGUGGUACAUUGGUGCUAUAAUAAUUUUAAUAAUAAUGAUUAUUCAAAUUCUUUGGAGAUCCAAGGAUGGUGAAAUAAAGUUUAAAAUUUCUGUUUGAAUUUAAAAACUUUAACAGAACAGCCAUCUCAGACUGGGUUUGGCAGUUGCCAUAGUUUCCCUGCUAUUUAUAGAGCACAUUGUCUGCAGUGAACAUGAGAGAUGUGCAUAUUUAUUUGCGCAGACUACAUUUGUAGCGAAAGACUGAUAUGAAAUCAAUUGCUCUCCAUACCAUACAAUACAGAAUGGGUCUCCUCCACACUAGUAACAACAGAAGUCACAUAAUAACUUACACUGUUUUCAUUUUAUUUUUUCCUUCUACCAUCCCAGUGUCACUUUGAAUCCACUGUGUCACAGCAUUCAGAAUUAUUGGCACUCUUGGUAUAGACAAGCUGAAUAUGCGACAAAUAAAUCAAGUAAUCAGCUAUUCCCUUUACUGAAAAAAAUAAGAAAUAUUGCAUCAGGAGUUAAAUUCACCUUUUGGGAGAUU